AUGCCACAACUCCAGGACCUCUUCGGCGUCCGCGGUCUAGUCGCCGUCAUCACAGGCGGAGGGUCAGGCAUCGGUCUCAUGGCCGCCAAAGCACUGGACGAACAUGGCGCCAAAGCCGUCUACAUCAUCGGCCGACGCAGACAAAAGCUCGAAGAUGCUGCCAAGCAAGCCAGGAACGGAUCGAUCAUCCCACUCGAAGGCGAUGCGACAUCACAGGACUCCUUGACAGCAAUGGUCACACGAAUCAAGGACGAACAAGGCUAUAUCAAUGUCUUGUUCGCCAAUGCUGGCACUAUGGGUGUGCAGUGUUUUGGUGAGCUGCCGGACGAUCGUCAUCCCACUGUACAGGAGUUUCAGAAAGUCGCUUUGUCGCAUCCGAUAGAUGAUUUUGCGACUGCGUACAAGGUAAAUAUUUCCUCGCCGUACUAUACCGCUGUGGCAUUCCUCGAGCUGCUAGAUGCCGGGAAUAAGCAGGGUUUUGCGCAGCAGUCGCAGGUUAUCGUCACAGCAUCUAUUGGCGGAUCCUUGAGACAAUCACAGGAUGGAUGGGCGUACAGCACAUCAAAAGCAGCCGCGGUGCAUCUAGUGAAGAUGAUGAGCACCUACUUCGGCCCUUGGGGUAUCCGAGCUAAUUGCAUAGCACCUGGACUAUAUCCCAGUCAGAUGACAGCACAGCAUCCGGCUUUGCAGCGAGAAAAGCCAAUCACAGAGCCAGGCGCGAUGCCAAGUGAAAUCGUACCAGCUACCAGAAGUGGAACGGACGAGGAUAUCCAGGGAGCGAUCCUAUUCUUGACGAGUAGAGCGGGUGCUUACAUCAAUGGCAAUACACUCGUGACGGAUGGUGGGAGGCUUGGGCAAACGCCGGCGGCGUAUUGA